GCUGGUGGAGGAGGGCAGGGGCCCAAGGCCGGGCCUUGCGUUGCCUCAUUAAGCCGGAUGAAAGGACUCCCUGGGGAGCAUCGUCCUGAUUCCUGGCCAUCCUGGCGGGUCAGCACUGCUCACCUCUCGGCCCCUGAGCUGACCGGACGUCUUGGGAGUGAGCGCCAUGGUUUCAUUCCUAGUGGGCCAGAAGGACAAGCUCUUCCAGAGCAGAGCCCAGACCUACAGGAUCCCAGCCCUGAUCUACCUGGCCCAGCACCACACUCUGUUGGCGUUCGCUGAGCAGAGGGCUGGCAAGGCCGACGAGAAGGCCAAGAAAAUCAUCCUGCGCAGAGGGCAGUAUCAGGCGGAGGCCCACCAGGUGCAGUGGCAAGAGAUGGAAGUGAUGGAGACAGCUCAGUUGGAAGGUCACCGCUCCAUGAGCCCCUGCCCGGUGUAUGACGAGGACACGGGGACCCUGUUUCUGCUGUUCAUAACCGUCCCAAAUGAAAUCUCAGAAUCCUACCAGAUCCAAAACAAGACCAACCUGGUGCGCGUGUGCUACGUGACCAGCCGGGACUUGGGGAGCACCUGGAGCCCAGCCACAGACUUCACCUCUUCUGCCAUCGGGCCCAUCUACACGCAGUGGGCCACAUUUUGCAUUGGGCCGGGCCACGGGGUGCAACUCCACAACCAGUCCCGGAGCCUGGUGGUCCCCGCCUAUGCUUAUCGGCUUCUCGAGUCCCAGAAGCCCACCUCCCAUGCCUUCUGCCUCCGCAGUGACGAUCACGGGGAGACAUGGAAGAUGGGACACUUUGUGAGCAUGGGAAACACCUUUGAAUCCCAAGUGGCCGAAGUCUCCGCUCACGGACAGAAGGUCCUGUACUGUAACUCCAGAAGCACCCUCGGGAGGAGGGUCCAGGCGGUCAGUCCCAAUGAUGGGGACGACUUCCAGGAUGCUGGACAGAUCGAGAAACUGAUCGAACCACCAUAUGGCUGCCAUGGAAGUGUGAUCGGCUUCCCUAAUCCCACCCCAAAUGUCCCGGGCUCUGCGGACACCUGGGUGCUUUACUCCCAUCCCACAGAUCCUCUGAGGCGGAGAAAUUUGGGCUUGUAUAUUAACAGGGAUCCCUUGGACCCAGCAGGUUGGAGCAAGCCGGUCAUCCUCUCAAAUGGCUUCUGUGCUUACUCGGACCUCCAGUACAUGGGGCUAAGCCCCAAUGGGUCACCCCGGUUUGGCUGCUUAUUUGAACAUGGAGAUUAUGAGGAAAUCUUCUUUGUCACGCUCACCCUCCAGGACCCCUUCUAUUAGCGACCGCUCGUGCCAGGCAAGAAUCACUUCUCCCGCUUGGAUCUACUCUUCCUCUCUGAGCAUGUC